AUGGCAAUAUUUGGUGUGUUGAUGCCUGUCUUCCUGAUAUGCUUUAAUAUCGGGCAGUCUUGCCGGAAUUCUGAUGACUUUGUGGGUGCCAGCUCUCCGGGAGAUGUUGUCAUUGGAGGCUUGUUUGCAAUUCAUGGCAAGAUGUUGCAUUCAGAAGAAAACCCCCUCAAGCCAGUGAUUGCCAAUUGUGCCGGCUUUGAAGUUCAAGUGUUUCUUCAGAGCCUUGCAAUGGUCCAUGCAAUCGAAACAAUCAACAACUCUACACUCUUACCUGGAAUUAAAUUGGGAUAUGAAAUCUAUGACACUUGUGCAGAGGUCACCAGGGCAAUGGCUGCAGCUCUGAGGUUCCUGUCCAAAUUCAAUGCCUCAAAAGACCUUGUGGAAUUCAGGUGUAACUAUUCAGACUAUACGCCCAGAGUCAAAGCUGUCAUAGGUGCCACCUAUUCAGAAGUAUCUAUGUCGGUUGCAAGAGUAUUGAAUUUGCAGCUUAUACCACAGGUGAGUCACGCUUCAACUGCAGAAAUCCUUAGUGAUAAAGUCCGCUUCCCAACUUUUCUGCGCACUGUGCCUAGUGAUUCUUAUCAGACGAAAGCGAUGGCACGACUGAUCCACAGGUCAGGGUGGAACUGGAUUGGAAUCAUAGCCACCGACGAUGACUUUGGGCGCCUCGCUGUGGAGAGCUUCGGGUUGCAGGCAAUGGCAAACAAUGUCUGCAUUGCAUUUAAAGAAAUGCUGCCGGCUUAUCUCUCGGACAGCACCAUUCAUGGCAAAAUUAAUCAAGCUCUUGAGAAGAUUGUCAAGGAAACCAGGGUAAACGUCAUUGUCGUCUUUCUCAGGCAAUUCCACGUAAUGAGAUUGUUCAGAAAAGCAAUUGAGAGGAACAUAAAUAAGACCUGGAUUGCAAGUGAUAACUGGUCAGCAGCUGUCAAGAUUAGCACCAUUCCAAAUAUCAGUCGCCUGGGGAAAGUGGUUGGAUUUACGUUCAAAAGUGGCAACAUGUCAUCUUUCCACGACUUCUUGAGCAAUCUACAUACAGCCCCUCAUGGAAACAACAUGUUCUCAAGGGAAUACAACACGCUUAUGGCAGCAUGCUCACAUAUAAAUGAUCAAGAUUUGAGCAAGUGCAUUGGUAAUUAUUCUGUUGAGAGAGUGCUACAGAACCGCACUAAACCAAGUAACCAGUUUCGGAGAGAGGAAUUUCUCAUUGCAAACAUCGAACCAGGAUUUAUCCAUAGCACCAUGCUAGCCGUAUAUGCAAUUGCAAAUGCCAUUCGGAAUCAGUGCAAGGCCAGAAACUGCAAAGACCCAUAUGCUUUUGCCCCUUGGGAGCUGCUUGAAGAACUGAAAGAAAUCAGGUUCACUGACAAUGAACGGGAAGUCUAUUUCGACUCUCACGGAGACAUCAACACAGGCUAUGAUGUGCUAGUUUGGAAGGAGAUUGAUGGGCGGAUGGUGAUUUCCAACAUAGCAGAGUACGACCUUGAGAAAGAUGACUUCAUCUUUGCAGAUGAGGAAGAUGAAAUGGAGUUCCUGAAUCUAAAGAACAUUCAGUCUAAAUGCUCCAGCAAAUGCAGCCCAGGACAGGUGAAGAAAGUUUCCGCAAGCCCACAUACCUGCUGCUACGAGUGUAUAAGCUGCCCCGAAAACUACUACACUAAUAAAUCAGAUAUGGAUUACUGCAUUUUAUGCAACAACAGGACACAUUGGGCCCCUGUGAACAGUUCGAGGUGCUAUAGGAAGAUGGUUCAGUACCUCAACUGGAAUGACUGGUUUGCUAUUUUGUUACUGGUACUCUCUGUCCUUGGAAUCGUGUUGAUUUGUGGCAUUAUCAUAAUAUUUACUAGAAACGUGGACACUCCUGUUGUAAAGGCAUCGGGAGGCUUGACUGUCUGCUAUGUCAUCCUCCUCUGUCAUUUCCUUGCUUUCGUGAGCACAGGCUUCUUCAUCGGCAGGCCCAUGGCGUACAAAUGUAAAACCCGGCAAGCUCUCUUUGGCAUCAGCUUUGCGCUCUGCAUUUCGUGCAUUUUAAUUAAGUCUCUGAAAAUUCUGCUGGCCUUCAGCUUUGACCCCAAGUUACAAAAAUGGCUGAAGAGCCUCUACAAGCCCAUUCCCAUCGUGUCCUUUUGCACGGGGAUCCAGGUCAUGAUUUGUGCUGUCUGGAUCAGCGUUCGAAGCCCUUUUGUGGAUGAGAACUUCUCCAUCCGGAGAGUUAUUAUCCUGGAAUGCAAUGAGGGUUCGGCUGUAGCCCUGGGGAUCAUGCUGGGUUAUAUAGCUCUUUUGGCAUUCAUCUGCUUCAUAUGCGCCUUUAAAGGUAGGAAGCUACCUGAGAACUACAACGAAGCCAAAUUCAUAACGUUUGGCAUGCUAAUCUACUUCAUUGCGUGGAUCACGUUUAUCCCCGUCUACACAACUACUUUUGGCAAGUACCUGCCAGCCGUGGAAAUCAUUGUCAUUUUAAUAUCCAACUAUGGGAUCCUGUGCUGUACAUUCCUCCCCAAGUGCUACAUCAUUCAGUAUAAGCAAGAGACAAAUACCAAGUCGGCCUUCCUGAAAAUGCUUUACAAUUAUUCGUCCAAAAGUGCAGGGAGUCUAAGCGUAAACCAAAGUUCUCUGGACUCGAAAAGUGAGACGCCUCCGAUUCCCAGCGCAAAUGCUUGUUGCAAAACUAAGGGUCAGAAAAAUUGGGUGAAUGGCAGCUGCCAUUUCCAGGCAUCUGGGUACAGGGAGAUCAGGAGGGAAUUGCAACCCACAAAUGCAGCAGGGCCUACAACAGGGCCCACCACCCCAAGAAGAAGACUCUCUAGCAUAUGA